AGAAACAGAAAUUUACUUUACUGCAUAAGUGACUGGCACUGACCGGGGCACUGACUUAUGCAGAUUAGUGAUCAAAGUCCCGUUAAUGAAUUCCCUAUACUUCAACGCAAUUUUUUUUCUCUAGGAAUAUCAUCACCACAAAUUAUUUCGGUGUAGAAAGAAAAAAAAAUCAUGAUUAUGAUAAAAAAUAGAAAUGCUCGCUAUCUUCCUCCCCAUUUGGCCGUCUGCUAAUGGUCGCCAGGUACAGCGAGGCUCUAGCUGUAUACCGAGUGUGCUGUAUAUAGGUACCGUACUAGCUGCGGGAAAGAUGGCGGUCUUCAAUCACGGCGUAGACAAGCCUUUCUGCUAAGUUAAAAAAAGGCUCCUGAUCGCAAACCAAAGAAACUCUUCCCGAUUUAACAUAGGCCACGUCUAGCUAGACAUCUAACUUUCAUAUAUUAUACUAGAUCUACUGAGCUGUGACCUACUGCGUGUAAACGGAAUGAAGCCCGAUCAGUGAGCUGAGCCUGAGUGAGGAAAAAUCUGACAAUUCCGAGUGACAUGACUCAGUUUCUCUUUCUCUAACUGACACUGUCACUGCACUGCCACUGAGCUGAUGAGGUGACGAUGUGCUCAUCAUGCGGGUGAAAACGGCCGACGUCAGGCAAAUAAACGGAGCUGAGGCUGAGCUGAUCCCGAGAGUGAGACUGGUGAUGGAGAGUCUGGCUCGAGUAAUUGUGAGGUGAUUUGUUUAUGUGAUAGUGAUAUAUCCCUUACAUGGCACAGUAAUGAUAACCAUGGAGAAAAUUGAAGAAGUGGCCAAUCAAAGGCCAGGAGCUGGAGACUGUGUCUUGCCGAAUGGCAUGGAGCAUCACCUGUCAUCUGAGAAGCAAGGAUCACCAUCCAAGCUCUCCAAAGUCCUGGAUCAUAGACAAACAAAAUGCCAUACUCUUCAAGUUGCAGUUAAUGGAGACAUGAACCAUGAUGGUUUACAAGUGCAAUCUUCCCCAGACCAUCUUAUUUCUAAGAGGAGAGAAAAUGGUGACCCCUCCACAAGUAGCUCAUUGGACGAACAACCCCCUACUACCCCCAUCUGUAAAAACUACCCUGAUCACCACUUGCUCAGAGGCAUUAGAAACAAUGGAGAAUCCCCUCCCAGCAGUACUGAUGUCAGAUGUAUUACCAAUGGGGAAUUUGUAUCGGACUCUGUUAAAAUGCCAGAAAGGCGGAAAAGUCGUGAACUGAGCUUGAGCCUUGGCUUGCCUCCAAGGGAUUGUGUCAUAAGGGAAGAGGAUGAAAACAGAACUGAAAGUGAUCCUAGACAUAAAGUGGUCUUAAAAGAUAAACUCCCACCUCCCAAAGAAUCUCUGCUAUUAAGACUCUUUGAGUCAAAGCAUCUUGAUGCUUCAAUUGCCAUAACACACUUGUACAAGUCUAAGGAGCCAGGAGUCCAAUCAUACAUUGGCAAUAAGCUGUUCAGUCUAGAUGAGGAUGAUUUUGAUUUCUACCUGCCUCAGGUUCUCAAUAUUUUCACCCACAUACCAGAUUUAGCAGAUGUCAUUCGCCCAUAUCUUACACAUAGGUGCAAAUCAAGCAUAGACUUCUCCUUGCAUUUAGUAUGGAUGUUGGAAGCCUACAUGCCAGACUUGAACUUUCCAUCCCGCAAGCAGUCUCGAGGAGCUAAGCUUCGAAAGCAGAUUCUCUCUGAGGAGCUGCGGCCAAAGGUGAAGCGUGAAUCACUUUCAUCAACGGCAUCUCAGUUGCCUUCUAUGGAUCUUCACAGUCCAACAUCGAUGGUUUCCCCAAAGAGAACACAUUCAAGAUCCAGAUCAGAUGCCACUGCAACAAUCACACCAGACAUAGUAGGAGCAUUGCGGCAAGGAGACAGACGUCUUGGAGACCUUACCUCUGGUCGUGCCUUUGACAGCCAGUGUACCUGCUUUGACAGCUCUGAAAACAAACUAAAUGAAUUGACAGGGCGCCCUCAGGCAGUAAUGGAUUGCCAGUGUCAGGCCCCAAGACUUGCACCAAUGUUAGAAUUUCUCAAGGUUUUGAUGGGUAUUGGUAAGAAACUACAGGGUCUACCUACAAGAGAGCUGAGAACGACUCAAUUAUUUUCUGAGCUUCAGAAGUUAAACUUGAAUCUCCCAGCUAGGAUCUGGGUUCCCUCAACUGCCUCAAAGAAUCACCAUGUUGUCCGCAUUCCACACACUGCUGGGGUAGUCCUCAACUCGAAAGACAAAGCUCCUUAUCUCAUCUACGUUGAGGUGUUAGACUGUGAGAACAAGCACACAUCACCCCUUCCAGCAAAGAUCCUAGAAAACACCUUGCGAUUUACCAAGUCAGAAGAGAACCUCAGCAGGUAUUUUAAUGGUGAAUCUGCUCCAGCUACUCAUACACCACCGACAAUGUAUGCAGUCUAUCACAUGAAUGAUUCUGAUCAUGAUUGCUGGUCACAGGAGGAUGAUGAUAUACUCCAGCAAUACUCAAGCUACUCAAAGAAGUCUAGCUCUAGUGAUACAAUAUCUCAAUUCUCACAUGAGAGUGUGACUAGUACAGACAGCAAGGAACCAGUCUAUAUCGCUGCUGGUGAUAUCAGGAGAAGGCUUGCAGAAUCCAUGACAACGCCUUCAACAACAUUCAAGCAUGACCCAGAAGAUCCUUCAGCCUCAGCAUUGAAAGAGCCAUGGGAUGAAAAAGAGAAACGUAUCAGACAGUCAUCACCGUAUGGACAUUUGCCUAACUGGCGCCUUCUUACCGUCAUUGUAAAGUGUGGCGAUGACCUACGACAGGAACUUCUCUCAUUCCAGUUCAUCACACAAUUACAGAACAUAUGGAGGCAGGAGCAUGUUCCACUGUGGGUACGUCCCUGCAACAUCCUGGUGACAUCUAACAACAGUGGUUUGAUUGAGCCUAUCAUCAAUGCCAUCUCCCUUCAUCAGGUGAAGAAGAACAGUAAGAGUACACUCCUGACGUACUUCCAUCGAGAGUUUGGUGGACCAAGCACAGAGAACUUCCUCACUGCACAGAAGAACUUUGUGCAGAGCCUUGCAGCGUACUGCUUGGUCUGCUACUUGGUUCAAGUCAAGGAUAGGCACAAUGGUAACAUCCUUCUAGAUCCUGAAGGUCAUAUAAUCCACAUUGAUUUUGGUUUCAUUCUCUCAUCUUCACCCAAGAACCUUGGCUUUGAGGCAUCCCACUUCAAACUCACACAUGAAUUUGUAGAGGUAAUGGGUGGUGUUGGAAGUGACAUGUUUGAAUACUACAAGAUUCUGAUGUUACAGGGAUUAAUAGCUGCAAGGAAACACAUGGACAAGCUAGUUCAACUGGUUGAGGUGAUGACAGGAUCUGAGCUGGCCUGUUUCAAGCAGGGUGCAAGUACAGUGAAAGCCAUGAAGGAAAGAUUUCAUAUGAACCUGACAGAGGAACAGCUUCAGCUUUGGGUGCAGAACAUGGUAGAGUCCAGUAUGCAUUCUCUAACCACCAGACUGUAUGAUGGGUUCCAAUACCUCACCAAUGGCAUAUUCAUCUAGACAUCAGUGGAAUAGCCAAGAGGACUUCCAGCUGACAAGAUCUGUCCUGGUGCAGUGGUUAAAUCGCUGGGUUUUUACCAAGUGUUUAAAAUGUUUUGCCCCAAAAUCAUUUGACGGUCCUUCAUUGUGUGUGUGAGCUACGUUCACCCAGGUGAGUUGGAAAGGACCACCAGAUUUUCUAGAAUGCUGCCAGCUGUGAUCUGUGUGAAUGAAGUAACAUGGUUAUAUGAGACACCAUCAUUAUCAUUGUUAAUUGAUAGAAAGGGACUGUGAGUGUUGACAUCUGGAAAUGAUUCUGAUAGACAAUAAAAGACUUCCCCAAAAGUGUUUCAUGAAGUAUCUUAUCAGUAAUUUUCACUGACAAACUUGCUCUGAGCCAUUCAGAUUCAAGGAUUAUAAUAACACGUGAAAAUGACUAUUUUUUCAUGACAUGCUCCCUGGGACCCAAUCAUCAUCUAGGGAAAGAUUUCUUCUUUACCAUUAGCAUCAGAAUUGAUCACCUUUGUGGGGUCCAAAAGAAGAAAAAGUCCAAGAUGUGAAUAGUUGGUUGUGAGUAGGGGUAUAAAUUUCCUCCUUCAAAGUUAGAAUCUCAGUUUGCUAUUGAAGGCCCUCGAGGCAUCUGGCAAUUUUAGUGUGUACAAUUCUUUGAUGAUUUUAGAAUUCUGGUUAGAAUCUCAGGUUGUUAAAGUCAAUAAUUUCUUUCCUCAUGUAAUGCUUAUCAGAUGAAAUAUCAGCUUAAGAAGAAAUAUUACUGAGGCAUUUGUAAGUUAUUCAGAGGAACCUUUUUUGUAUGGAUUUCAAAUUGAUGAAGAGGAAUGAAUUUGUAAUGUAAAUGACCCAAGUCAUUAAUGAGUGGUUUGUAGUUUAGAGUGAUUUGAAAGAAUUAAAGUUCAAAUGUGGAUCAAUGACAAAGAAUGAAUUUGAAAGGUAAGCUUGUAAACUGAUAAGUCAAUGAUUCAUGUGCUUGUACUGUGAUUGUGUUUGAUUGGCUUGAUGAAGUUAGAGCAGCUGUUGUUGUUUCAACUUUCAAAUGAGCUUUGGAAACGGACCAAUUUGAUGUUGAUGAAAUUGAAUCAUCCUUUGCAAGCUUAUUUUCUCUUGUACUCUCAUUAAAAUGGGUGGAACAGUUCAGCUUUUCAUGUUGUUUAAGAUCAUUGUUUAUUAAUUAAUAAUUCUGGUAUUUCAUGAGGAAAACGACAGGGCCAAACUACAGUGGUUUAAAUAGGCCGCAUGAAGCUAAAAUCUAUGUCUGCUAUUUAUGUGUUGUUAGUUUACAGCCCUAAAAUGAACAAAAUGAUUAUUAAAAAAAUAAAUGUUUUGAUUUUUUUAUAGAUGUUCUGUAUUCAUGGUGGAAUAUAGUGCCCUCUUUUAGGGCUAGAAAAGAAUGGGAGGGAAGCACUCCAUCCUAACAAGGUUUGCUUUAUGGCAACUGGAAAAUUGUGUUUUAUUUUUGAAAAAUACAUGUAAGGCUGCCUUGUUAGCAAAUUUUUCUACCACCUUACCACAUUUAAUUUUAAAUACUUACUGUGUUUUUGUAAGGAAAAGGAUAACUCAAAACAAAAAUUUCAUAACCACUUUUCUGAGUACAUUGUGGUUUUAGGAAUGAUCUGUAUUGGUCCUAAAGGAAAAUAUAUUGAAAUCAACAUUACAAAAAGGUGGUAAUAAUAAUUGUUCCAAAUCAAACAGAUACAUUUCUAUUUUGUAGACAAAUGUGAUGACAAGGCAUUGCAUUUCUUUGUGUAUUAUGUGUUACUAGGCACAUGAUGAAGUCGUAUGUAUGUUACUUAUGUUUCUGUUCUCUCAUAAGUGCUUUGAAAUAUCUUUGAUUUGAAAGAGUUUAUGAACGUGUGUAUAACUGGCAUUCGGAAUAAGCCUUCAUUGUUUUUCUCCAUGUGUUUCACAGGGUAUAAAUUAUACAUGAUGGCAUACCCCUUUCUAUAUCCCUCUUUCCCUUCUUGCAUUCCCUCUUUCUCCUUCUGUCUCUAACACACCUUCACUAUCUCUUUCACGACAUCAGAUGAAUGUAAAAUAAUGUGUUGUCAUACAGAGCAGAGCAGUAUAUACCAAUAUAUUGUAUGGAAUUUUAGUUUAACAAAAAGUGACAAUACAGGACUAUUUAUCUGAAUUACAACUUAUAGUAUGUCUGUAGCUUAUGUGUGGAUUGUAUUUAAUUUUCUUGUUUGAAUUCGUGAUUAAAAGAAUCGUCUUGCCAAAGCCUCUAUUUUUGUAAUUAUAAUUAUUGCAGAGCCCAUAUUCUUUAUAGUAGUAUCACUAUUAUAUCAAUUUGUAAUGAACAUGUACCUUACUAACUUUGCCAAGGAUAGUUUUAGUAGGCUAUUUCUGUAUUUGUCAGCUAUUUAAUUAUUUAAGUUUGUAACAAAGAUGGUGUGCUUAUAGUGGAUUCAGAUUAAUUUGCACCAACUUUAUCGGUUUAAUUUGACUGUUAUUCAUCAGCCAUAAUUAUGUGAGGUGUGAGAACACACAACUGUACUGAAAUAUUGUAAUUAUUUUCAUUUGCCCAAGUCCAGUGUAAAACAAUCUUUUUAUCAUGCAAAAUGAACUUGUGAGGAUUCUUUUUUCUUACACCUCUAAAAUCAUCAUAUCUCAGACUGCCAUGUCACUGGUACUGGCCUACUUAUAUAUCAAUGCAUAAUUAUUUACACUGGUAUCAUUCAUCAUUUCACCUAAUUAUCAGCACAUCAUUUUAAUAAGAUCCAAUACAAUCGAUCACACGCCUCUUCAAACAUGUCACUAUAUAUUGUCUUCUAUUCUACAUUUUGAGGAAAAAGAAAACAAGUUAUAAUAAACAACGAGACCUAUAUUUACUAGUCUGUUGUUCAUGGAACGGUUUCUUUUGAAAUAAGAACAAUAUCCUCAAAAGUAGAUCAAAGACAGAGAGGUCAACACUUAUUGUUUAAUGUGAUGAGUACUUGUAAUUUGUUUGUGUAUUUAAGUAUGUUUCCAUUCUUGGCUGCAUGUGUUUAGUGUUACAUGUAGCUCAUUUAUCAAAACAUAGCACAAACAACUAGAUUAUAUCUGCUUUGUAAUUGUGUUAUCUAUGCAAUAGUUUAAGUAGAAGAUGAUGCAGAUUAUCCAGUAUUGAUUAAAGUUAGAAUAAUUUGCCUAAUAUUAAGUGGAAAUAUAGCCCUCAAACAGGUGGUGUGUCACAAGUGAUAUGUAAUAACCUCUUUAUAAGUUUUCUUGAAUGACCAAAAUCACCUUUGCAUUUUGCUCUCACUACCUGUGACCCUACUAGCGAUCAUUCAGGAACUUUUUUCUUAGACUUGAAGUUAAUCCUGUAAGACAUAGUGUAAAUUAAUACAACCUGAUUAAUGGGCUUAUCAUUCCUGUGUUAAGUGUACAUGUAAUUAAAUUAUUUGCAAUGCUUCUAUGAAUUUACAGCCUUGGAAUGAACAGAACACAAAGUACAUCAAGUUUCAAAGUGAACACAAACAUUUGUAAUUAGUAGCAGAGUUCGAAUCCUUAAUUUUGAUUGGUUGAUAAUUGGUAGUAGCUGAGCACUAUGCAUGCAACUACAAAUUUGAUUUAUCAUUGAAGUUUUGUGUUCAUUCAGGAGAUGUUGUGAUUACAGAGCCUGUUACUGUUUUUUGGAUUUGGUUAGUCUGCAUGCACAGACCUUGGUUUUUGCAUUGUGUAUAAUGCCAAGUCUGAAGUAGUGAGACUAGAUUGUACUGUCGUUGCUUCAACACAUUUUGUUUGGAGUCUCGUCUCCUCCCCAGACAUUAUUUGUUAUAGUUUAAUAUUUGAGUCUGUGUUAGCAGACUAAUUUUUGAUAGCACUUUUAUGUUAUGCAAUGAACUCUAUAAUAAUCCUAUUGCAAAUGAAAAGAAGGUUGUUGUCAAAUACUGAUCCUCCCCUAUCCAUCAUACAUUCCAUAACAUUAAAAUUCCCAAGAAUGGGUGUUAUUUUUAUGAGAAAUAGCACAAGAAAAUAUUUUGGAUUACAUCAUUGACUAAGUCAUUAGAGAUCUCAUUAUUAAUCAUACUUUAGUUUAGUCUCAACCUUGUUAUGUUGAUGUGGAUAUAAAUGCCACAUUAAAUGGGUCACAUCCCUGAUGAUUUGCUGGUAAACACAUUUAAAAAUAAGAAAUGAAUUCUAAAAAAGUGAUGUUUCAUGAUCAGUUGGCUUUAUAUGGAUGAUUCUACUGAUGUAUCUUUGGAUUUUUGAAACUCUAUGUCAGCUCAAAGUAGAUGUUUUUUGAAGGUAUGUAGCAUUUGAAUUUGCCUGAAGAAAUGUUCAAAGUACAUAUAUGUUCAAAUGUGUAAAGGUAUGUGACUUAUGGUCAUUAUAGAUACAAUCAUGAGAGGUACAAAGGUCAAUUCUGAUGUCUUUUGUAAAUCUAGUCUUCAAAUUAUUGUAUAAAUACAUGUAUGUAAUAUGAAUAUAAUAAAAAUGAUAUAAUAAUA